AUGGGAAAAUCGAACUCUAAAUCCACUUUUGAAUCCAAAAAUUCAUUACUGGUGCAUUCUUUGCUUACAAAUCAGACAAAAAUUUCGGACCUAUGGGAAUUAGAUUCUUUGGGAAUUAAGGACCCAAGUGAAAAGAAAACGAAACUUGAGUUGCAAGGUCUUACUUUAAAACAUUUUGAGAAUACGGUCUCGCAAAAUGAAGAUGGUAGAUAUUAUGUAUACAUUCCUUGGAUCGAUGGACAUGAUAAACUUAGUGAUAAUUUUCAACUAGCCGAAAGAAGGUUGAAAAAUACUGUAAGAUCUCUAAAAGGUAAUGGUAGACUAUUAGAUUAUGAGCAAGUGUUUUUUGAAUGGGAAAAUGAGGGGAUUAUUGAAAGGGUUAAUGAAAAUGAUCAUGACAAAAAUAAGAAAAUUCAUUACCUACCACACAGACCUGUGUUCAAAGAAAACUCGACAACCAAAAUCCGCCCUGUAUUUGAUGGGUCCGCUCGUCAUGGACACUUUUGUUCUCUGAACUCUUGCAUUGAACCAGGACCUAAUUUAAUUGAAAUAAUACCUGCAAUCUUGAAUAGGUUUCGUUUAAGAAAGAUAGGAGUAAUAUCGGAUAUUCGUAAAGCAUUCUUGCAAAUCGCUUUACACGAAAACGAUAGGAACUUUCUACGUUUUUUGUGGUGGGAAGGUGGCGAUCAUGAAAAGGUUAUUAUUUAUAGACAUUGUCGAGUAGUCUUUGGAGUAUCAUGCAGUCCCUUCCUGCUAGCUGCAGUAUUAAAUUUUCAUCUAAAACGGGCACCUGAGCAUUUGAAAGCUGCAGCUGAAAAGCUACUAGACUCUAUGUACGUUGACAAUUGCGUAACGAGUGUGGAAACAUUCGAAGAAUACUUGUCUUUUCAACGAGACUCUAGAGAAUUGUUGGCAUUAGGAAAUUUCGACUUACGUGGUUGGAGACAUAGUAACAUGCAUUCACCUAUUUUGGAGGAAAGCAUUGAUCAACAUGAUCUCUAUUCGCCCGAGGUACAAGUUCUUGGUCUUUUGUGGAAUGUGGAAAGAGAUACUUUGUCCAUCUCUUUCAAAGAGCCCGUUCUUGAAGAAGGACCCGUUUCGAAAAGAAAAAUACUUUCCAUUACUCAUCGAAUUUUUGACCCAAUUGGAGUCACCUGCCCUGUCACUCUAAUUCCCAAACUGAUUCUGCAAGAGUGCUGGAAGAUGGAAGCGUCUUGGGAUUCUCCAUUGCCUGAAGACAUCGAGAAAAAAUUUGAAAUUUGGCAGCGUCAACUUAAAGACUUGAAAGAAUUAGAAAUUUCACGGAGGCUGUCACACCUCGAUCUUAAAGACGCCAGCUUGUCACUAGAGGUAUUUUGCGACGCUUCAAAAUUGGCUUACGCUACGUGCGCAUUUCUUCGAGUUGAGAAAGAUGGCAAGGUGACCUGCCAAUUAAUCCAAGCACGAUCAAAGGUUGCUCCUUUGAAAGGUAUUUCUAUCCCAAGAUUGGAACUUUUAUCUUGCAUGAUCGGAGCAAGGUUAGCUGAUGCGAUAAAGAGAGAUUUGCAUUUGGAAGAUAUUGAAAGCACUUUCUGGUCUGAUUCAAUGGAUGUUCUACAUUGGAUAAAAAGAGAAGGCCCAUGGGCUACCUUUGUUGCUAAUAGAGUGGAGGAGAUAAGAAAACUAUCUUCUGUGGAAAAUUGGAGACAUGUACCUGGUAUUUCUAACCCAGCUGAUCUCCCAUCGAGAGGAUGUACAGUGAGGACCCUCAUCAAAAGUCAUUGGUGGGAAGGACCUGAUUGGAUCAAAAGGUCGAAAGAAGAUUGGCCAAAAUCUGCUCAUUUUCCAAAUAUGGAAGUGGUUAAUUCAGAAAAGAAGACUAUUGUAACCGCUUCUGUUUUACAACUUGAGGAAAAGUAUUAUCAUCGAUUUUCAUCGUAUGUUAAAAUUGUCCGAAUUACAGCUUGGCUUUUAAGGUUUCUUAAGAAUCUGAAGAAUGGGAGAAAUCGAAGAACAGUAGGUCCAUUGAAUUAUGAUGAAAUCAAGAAGGCUGAACGUAUUUUGCUGAAACAAGUGCAGUUAGAAGCCUUUUAUGAUGAGAACGACAAAAGGUUAAAAUCUUUACAAGUUAUCAAAGACUCUGAGGGAAUUCUAAGAGUGAAAACCAGAAUAUUUUUUAGGGAAGACCAUAGAGAUUUUCGUCUACCCAUAAUUCUUCCUUCCGAUCAUCCUGUUGUCAUGACUCUCAUAAUGUAUGAACACGAACAUCAUGGACAUUCUGGAGUUCAAAUGCUUAUAUUUGAUGCAAAACCGGUUUUUGUUCAAGAGGGCCUAUUGCCUCAAGACCGUGUGAGAGAUGCUGAAACUUUCGAAAUCGUAGGAUUAGAUCUAGCUGGACCUGUCAUCUUUAAAGAAGAAAGAAAGGCUUGGAUUUUGAUCCUAACUUGCGCGGUUUACCGUGCAGUCCACCUCGAACUUUUAACUUCAGUAUCAACUGAAAAUUUCCUACUAGGUUUGAGGAGAUUUAUUGCACGAAGAGGUCGACCAUCUGUCAUCGAUUCAGAUAAUGGUACAAAUUUGAAAAGUGCUCAUCGUCUACUGAAGGAAGUUGAUUUCGAAAAACUGAAGAAUAUUGAAGAACUAAGUCCUAUUUCUUGGACUUUUAUACCUCCAAAUGCCCCCUGGUGGGGAGGAUUUUGGGAGAGACUUAUCGGCCUUAUGAAGCGGAUUUUAAGAAGAACUUUAAGAAAGACAUCUUUAAAUCAUGAAGAAAUGAACACAGUUCUUUGUGACUGUGAAAGAGUAAUGAAUUCAAAACCACUUACUUAUGUUUCGGAAGAUGCCGAAGAUUUGGAACCCCUUACUCCAGCAAUGUUCCUGCACAAUAUUAGAGAAACCGGUGUGCCUGAUUUAGACCUAAUUGAAGAAACUAAGUUUAAUAAAAGAUUGGCUUACCGAAACAGAAUCCAAAAGGAUCUAAGGAAACGUUUUCGAUCGGAAUACUUGGGACAAUUGCGAGAAAUACAAAAGGUAAAAAGAGAAACUGCUUUAUGUAUUGGAGACAUCGUUUUGGUUGAAGAUAAUACCAAAAGAUUGAACUGGAAUUUGGGGAGGAUUUUGAAACUGUUUCAAGGAAAAGACAAUAGAGCUAGAGUAGCUCUAGUUAAAACCAAGUUUGGUUCUUUUCUGCGUCCUGUGCAGAAAUUAUAUCCACUUGAAGUGAGCGAAAAUGAUAAACCUGUUGAACACAAUACUAAUUCUCUUCUAAUUUCAGGUGCUAAUAGACGAGAGACUUUUCCCAUCUCUUUAGAUAGGAAGACUUCCCUGAUAGAGCCCCCUGAUGGUCUUCCACUUCCUUCUGAAGAAUCUGACUGUGGAACCGACAUGGAGCCGACGAUGGAUUCUUCGCCUCUCCUUCCGAAUGAAACUUCUCAUCCUGUCUUACCUGACGGAACUGAAAAAUUGGAACCAAGGCGAUCCCGUUAUGGACGAUUGCUGAGACCUGUCCAAAGACUAUGA